AUGCCCCCCAAACCCUUCAAACCCCCUCGCCCCUCAGGAUCAGGCUUAGGCACAACCCCGUCCAACGGCCGACCACGCAAAUCCGGCACAUCGAUCCCGUCGACAUCGAAAGCAAAAACAACGUCCACCGGCAUCUCGAAAUCCAAAUCCUCUACCUCCAAACGCCUCAGUGCGCGCGAUAUCGGACUCCCGUCCCUGUCCCCCGACUCAGACGAUCCGUCUAGUGCCUCGCCCUCGCACUCACAAACAGCAGAAGAAUCCGACGAUCCGUUUGCGUCGCAACCUGUUGUGCCGAAAAGCAAGAAACGGCAGAGUGGUGGUAAGGGAGUGGAUAUGGAUAUGGAUAUGGAUGGGGGGAGGAAUAGGGAUGUAGUGGGGAUUGAUGAAGAUGCUGAUGGUGAGGAGGGAGACGAGAGGAGGGAGGGAAUACCGCCGGACUUGUUGAGUGUAUUAUUGCAUCAGAUGUUCCGCAAGGAAGGGACGAGGAUGAGUAAAGGGGCGAAUGCGGCGGUGGGAAAGUAUAUGGAGACGUUUGUUAGGGAGGGUGUUGCUAGGUGUGUGUGGGCGGGGGCGGAGAGGAGGGGGGAGGGGGGAGUCGUUGAGGUUGAGGAUUUGGAGAAAUUGGCGCCGCAGCUUUUGCUUGAUUUCUAG